UUUUCACAAAGGCCACUUUUGCAGGAUGGGAAUGGCAUCUAAAAGGAAAAAAACAAUGAGUAGUGAAGGUCCAGUUAAGAUUGUAGGAAUUAACCAUGGAGUAUGUCUGCAUCAUUUCUUGUUGAUGGAUGGAUGGAAGGAAAAAAGAACAAUUCACUGAUGUUAACAUUUUUUUGCCAGUCUCCAGAUGACAAUAAUGAACAACACAGCUUACAAAACAAGCUCCGUGCUAACAGACGUAUGAUUGGAUGAGGUGUUCUUGCUGCUGCCAGCCGGUUCUUUUCCAUCCUGUUACCUGAUUGUGAGUUAGACCUAGAUGUCUGCAUCUCAAUUGAUCUGAGCUUUGAAGAACUGUUUUGUGUUCUUGAGUACAUCUAUUCUGGGAAGCUGCUGUGUUCAGUCAAAAGCAAAGACAGAAUUUUAAGUAUUCUAAAAGAAUUUGAUAUUUUCGUGCCUGAUGAUCUACAGAAUUCAGUAGACUGUGGAAGAAAUGGAAGUAGUGAGGCAGAAGGGGAAAUAAUAUUUGAAGAAGCCAUUGCAAGUGAACCAAAAACUACUAAAGAUCCCACAAACAUUUCAGAGGAUAAAUCUCCCUUUGCAACUUCUGCCGAUGUUCGUGUAGUAAAUAGUGGAGAACUAAUUUUACGAGAACCCAAUAUUUCAAGCUCCAAUGAAGAUCCCUUCCAGUAUGAAGAAAAGCUUCCAGAAAAAUUCUCAAACAGUCAUAAGAUGUAUAGCAACAAAAGUAAAACUCAUUGUGGAUCAAAAAUGGCUAUUCUGAAUUCAAGCACCAAUGUUACUGAAACCAUUGUUGAACCGGAAAUCUCCAGACAUAAAGAUCCGGUCUUCACCGUAGUCACCAACCAACCCACUUCGCUGGAAGAAACGCUUGAAAGUAUCGUAUGGUCAGAGAUUGUAGCGGUUGAACCUCAAGAUAACCCAUCGCUAAGUAAUUGUGAUGUGCAUAGAAGUAGUGUAGAAGAUGAAUGGACUAUUCAGCAAAUACCGGAUAGGCAGACCGUUACGCUGCAGUUCCCUGCCCAGAUUCUUGGCAGUACGACUUUGAGCGCACUAAAAAAGGGAAAAAGAAGAAAAUUACAUUUGUUGAGGAAGAGACUGAAGACAGUGACCAAGAUCCCGAAGAUCAAGACCAAGAAGAUUCUCUUGGUUACGAAGAAAAUGAUGAAGUCAAAAGUAAAUCAGCAGUACAAACAUCUAACCAGUCUGACGAUCAAAGUAAUGGUUUUGAACCUCCGCUCAACUUUGAAGUAGCUGCAAAAAAGCUGGAUUCGUGUUUAGAUCAAAGUACAUCUACCCUAAGAUCGGAUGUGAAGCCUAGUUUGAAAGGAAUCGGAUGUUCUAGUUCACUUGAGGAUCUCACUCCAAACCUGGACGUGAGUGAUAGUGCUGAAGAAGAAGAAGAUAUUAUUCCUAAGUUGAAGUGCACACAAAACAAUGAAACCUCAAACGUCGAAGAACUAUUGGCCCUCUGCUCGGGAAAAUUCCCUGAUUCACUGACUUUCUGGAAGAGACACGCAAAUAAGUAGUUUGACUGAAAAUGCAGAUGACGAAUCUGAUGAAGAAGUUAAGCCGUUCGCAAGAAUAAUUCCAAUGGCUGAUGAGGAUGACGAGGAAGAUGGCUCCAGUAGUGCUCUCCCAAAAUUCGUUUCUGAAAAUGACGCUGAUGAACCUGGAACUGUGCCUUCUUUUUUUAGAGGAUGGAGAAAAAUCACUGUCAAAGGUGAAAAAAAGGGCCCGUGUUUGUCUGUCAGAUGACGAAGAUGAAACUAUCGAUGAAAACCAUUCGUUUGUCGAAGAAGAGGGAAUGCAUGAAGAGGAACGAGAAUUUAGAGGUCUGACUGAGUUUUUUGAAGACGAGGCUGAACUGUCCGGUUCCGAAGUUGGCAGCGGUGACGAACGAGAAGACGAAAUGGAUGACUGGGAGGAGGAGGAAGGCGAUAAGGAGGAUAUUGAUGAAAACGAAGUUCGUGAGCAAGUUGGAAGAGCCCAUAUGAAGACAAUGCUUGAUCAAGACCAGCGUGAAGUUCGACUUUUUCAAGAGCUUUUUCUCGAAGAUGGAGAUUUGCAUUCUGAUGGCGGUGGAAGGCAAAGACAAUUUCGGUGGAAACAGGCUGAUGGUGAAAAUACUGAGGGAGACGGUGCCCGUCCAAAAAAUCAAGAAGAUGAAGAAGAUGAAGCUGCUGAAGAACAGGAUGAUCUCACAUGGAGAAAAAUUCACAGUGAUAGAGAAAAAUGGCUCCUGCAACAAAAGUCGCAACAGGAAACGAAUAAAGAAGUGCCAUUGGUUAUGAGCCGGCAAACUAAAAUGGUGAAAAUCAACACUGCUUCCAAAACCAUUAAUCAAAUUACAGAAGGCGAUUCCUCCGCUGCUACUGCCAACGCCAAGCAGUCAACGCAUUCUAAGGCGAACAUUGUGACCACUGUAGGUUACUUUUACAAAGUGCUUAACACAUUGUAGAGAUCAGCGCUUAUAUACUUUCCUACUUGGUGGAAAUGAUAUGAUCCUUCGAUAUGGUGAAGAUGAAGAAGGACGAGUUUUUUUGUUAUGUUUUUGUAUUCUUGGAUCCAAAUGUACGGAUGGCUUUUCUUCUUCCCUGUCGCUCGCAGUCUGUCUGCCUCUCUGUGCAGUGUUUGUCACACAACUCCCGCGAGGGGAGGAGGGGCUCCCAAGUUGCCGCUACGUCUUCCCUGCGCUUUAUCAGUACUGUAGUACGAGACUUCUUUUUUUUUUCUUUUGGUGGAGGGGAAAGGUUUAUUUAUUCAAGAGCCAGAGUUGAGUAAUGCUAGAUGACGGGGCUUGCAGAGGUCGGCUACUGCUGUAGUAUUAUAUUAGCGAAUAGAGUAAAAGUAAAGUACUAAAAGAAAAAAAAGUACAGUACACUCAAUAUUCGAGGUAAAUACUGAUGUUGACAAUCAUCACAAUCUAUUCGCCGACAUAAAGCAAAUAGACACUUGCACCGCGCCCGAGCAGUUCAACUUUUCUAUCUCUGUGAUUUCGGUAGUUCCAGAGUGCACAGUCGAAUAUUGUGUGUUGUGCUUCUCGUUUUCAACAACAAGAAUUGUGGAUUUUUUCAUUCUCGAGCUAAAUUAAAUUUGUGUAAAUGAUUGGCAACAUGUAACUCUUGAAUUUGUGAGAAAGUCCUUCUUUUUGAACCGCCAUUUAAUCAGUACUACCUGUUUCACCUGAAACUUACAGGAUGCCGUCGGCUCCAGCUCAUAAUUAUGAGGCAGAUAGCAUUUCAAAAAUCUCAUGAAUCGUUAGGUCGUCGUAGUGUUUUGUAUGACUAUAAAUUUACGUAAGCUGAAAUUCAACAUCCUUGAUGACUUGAUUUUGUGCGCCAGAUCCCAUACUACGCCAAAUCAUCUCACCUGCAUUCCAGCAAGUGAAAAGCUUUGUUCUUGAGCUUUGUUCUUGAUGCUUUGACCAGUUUCGACAUGAACGGGUUGGUAGCAAAUUAUACCCUGACCUAUUAUUAAAUCUUUAUCGACCAUAUCACCAACAGCAGACUGGUUAAGACAAGAGUUUCACGAUCCUGCUCGUUCCUGCGUUGGGUAAACUUGUUAUGCAAAAAUGAUCCACCAGGGUCGUUUCCAAUCGCCUAUGACCCUGUCUGAGAGAACCUUGAAAUCGAAAUUCCCCGCAUUGCUGGGAACAGACCAAUAUCAAAGACUGCUAUUUACCUGUCAACAGUUUCAUUCUAUACUGAACAGAUGCAUGCAUGUGCGUGAAUAAAUAUUCGGGUAAAGAUUAAAUAACGAUCAUUGUUACACAUUAUUUAUCCUUGAAUUGUUAUUCACGCACAUGCAGGCUUUAUUUAAAUGAGCUAUAUCUAAGAAUGAAUAAAAAAGUGGGAUCAUCGGUCAAAUUAUCGGCCACAGGCCAGCCAUAGCCAUAGGCAUAGGUAAUCCGUUCAUUCACCUAGCUUCCUCCAUUAAGGGGUACAGCGUUCGAAUCGCAAUCGUGCAGCAAUCUAGCCAAGGUGAUUCAGACUACAUAUGGAACCCUACACAGUCUUGAAGCCCUUUUCGACCUGGAAUUAGCGUCAGACAAUGGUCCGAUCCAGGUCCUGAUAAACUAGCCACCACCACGACUCCACGACGACCUUAUACCAUUCGCACAUUUCUGCACCUAUGGUAUUCCACAGUAUAUGUUAUUUGAUGGUUAUAUUGAUCCUUACGAUAGUCUUGAAGCCAUUUUCGACCUGGAAUUAGCGUCAGACAAUCUCCAAAUGGUCCGACAACGUCCAUCACCAUAUAGCCACCAUUUAUCAUAUACUGUGGUAUCCCACAGUAACGGUGCUAGCGAACCAACACCGUUACUAUACUUGGAAUGUUUUAUCAAGUCUUUUAUACUGUUAAAUAGAUGUUGGAAAACAGCUACUGUCCGUUUUGGCAUCUGUUGGACCUUUAUGUUGGAUUUGGUAAAUGAGAUAGACUAAAUUGACGAAAAUAAAAAAUGAACAAUUUUC